ACCAAAUAUAACCUUUCGGCCUUUUAAACCCUCCUUCCGCCAAACGUCGAACCCCUCUCAUUCUGUCUCUGUGGUAAUCUCUCGAUCUGAGGCGCACGCAGCGAUCUACUUCUCGAGAGAUGUCUUUGCUCGAAGUCAUCAAGAAGGCUGCCACCAAUCCCGACGAGCUCACCUCCGAAUCGAACUACCCUAUCGUUCUCAAUCCGGACCAGAUUUUACUCAGCCUGAAGCCCCAAGAUGAGGCCUCGAACGACGCAACACUCAUCAAACGAGUCCAGGGCUGGACAAUUUCGGAAACUGAUUCGGAAAUCAUCGAUUCAAGUAAAAUUUUUUUCAAGAAGUUGAAGCGUAAGCUGAAAAACCCCAACUCGUUCGGCAAGGAUGAGUUUGUUGGGAUGUUGAAUUCGUAUUUGAAGAAGAACAGCGACAGAGUUGGUAUCUCCGUUGGGGCUGAGAGCUCGGGGGAGGAUUACACCCAUAAAUUGAUCGAGAAGGCGGGGUUUUUGAUGGGCCGUGAAGUUAAGGGUUUGGUCUUGGAGGCCUGUACCGUUUUGGAGCUCUGGGAGUUGUUGAAGACUCUGAUUGUCCACGGCCUUGUAGAGAGUUCAGCUUCUUCGAGUUUAGUUUGUAAUUUGAUAGAGAAAAGGAGGUCUGAUUUGGUCUGUUUAUGUGUUAAGAAACUCCCUAAUCUUCAAACAUCUACUAUACUUUCAAUUUUUAGGUACUUUCUUUCGCCACCUAAAGCUGCCCAUGGUAGUAUGUUGACUGUGAAGAACGAAUGGGAGAAUCAAGCCAUAUCAGCCUAUGAGAAGACAGUGGAUAAGAAACUCAGCAUGAAGGCAUUGAAAAUGGCUAAAGAGGCUUCUAUCUUGCUCAUGAUGGCACAUGAUGGUUUUUCUGUUUCUGAAUUGUGCUUGCAUUAUCUUAUUGCAUCUUCAAACCUUGAUGAGGUAAUUUUAUCUGCUUGUAUUAGUAAGUUGAAUGGUUUAGAGAUGUUGAGCUUGAUUCAGUACCUGGGCAAGUGGUUGAAGAAAUACGAUAGAUUUCCUCAAGCAGGGCCUUGUCCUAAGGCGGCAGAGACGUUGGGUUUGGAGGCUUGUGAGUGGGUUCCUACCCUAGAAGACAUUGUGAAAUUUCUUGGCUUGGUAUUGGAUGAGCAUUUCUCCUCACUCGUGUUGCAUCCUGAGUUCCAUGAAGAGUUGAGGUCUAUGGAAGAACUAGUUAAUUCUUUAGCCUUGGAAGUGAGACUCAGUUGUUCAGUGGCAAAUGUGAUUGAUUGUUUGAGAACAGACAGUAAAGCUUCCAUGCCGCUUGGUGUUGGGCCGAACAUUGGUUGCCCUUCUUUUCACAGAAUGGGUUUGACUGCUAGGCACCCAGCUUGUUGGGUCAGGGUGAAAGUGAUGCACCACCUGGUCCUGUUGCAGGUUCUCUUCAGUAGACACAUGCAGCUGAUGUUACCAAUUUCAUCAGGAAAGAAAUCAGGUUACCACCAGUGAUGCUUGGACAUUCAUUUGGAGGGCUAAUUGUUCAGUAUUAUAUUGCAAGCAUAAGGAGUGAACAAAUUUUAGUUUGGAUGGACCUAGUAUGAACUUAUACAUGUUUGGUCAUGAAUAACACAAAAUUUGAGCCCCUGAAGCUGCCGCACCAGGUGUGUCCAUGUCACAUGGCAUCUCUUCAGUAUUAUUUGCUGAGCUUGUAAGGCAUUGAUUAGUUUUCAUGAAAUUACUCUUCAUUGGAAUCUUGGUAUUAAGCUAAUUUGGCUUGAUUCUAGACAAGGAAGAAUGCACCCAGAUAUUGCUGGAGCUGUGCUUACUUGCUCUGUUCCGCCUUCAGUGGAUUAGUCUGGCGGUAUCUCUUUUCCAAGCCCGUAGCUGCUUUCAAGGUGACACGCAGCUUGGCAGCUAAAG